AUGCCGACUCCUAGGCCAGCCAAUGAAGUAACGCUUUGGCGAUCCCACUGGAACGUCACCGACUUUCGGUCACGGAUAGGUUUAAGUCUGGAGCAAUAUACACAGCUAUAUAACGUAUGCCGCAAUAUGCUACGUGAUCACCCCACCUUGUGUGAUAGCAUCUUCGACCCGUCCAUGAAAAGCGUAUUGAAGGAUGCGGUUACCGAGGCAAACAAGAAUCCCAGAGUCGACUGGCUUAUUAAAUUUCAGGACUCGUGGCCUCUGGAAAUUUUGCUCAAGAGGAUUAUGAAUCAACGGGCCGAAGGAAAAAUCAGGAACGGUAAACGCAAUCAUACGGAGCCGUGCAAGAAAGUCCGUUUCGGUACCCUCAUGCGGCCAAAUGCUAAGGAGAGAUUCUCCCCCUCGGACGAUGAAGGCGAGGACGAAAUAGAGACAAGUUAUAUGCACCAUAGCGAUAUGGUGCAUUGUCAAGGGCAUACGCCUCCUACAUGCGCGCAGCAGGCCAUAGUUGAGAUGGAACAGAGUACGACCCUUUCCGAACAAAAAUGCGAAACGGGCCAUGAAGCCGUACUGUCCUUUCUCCGUUCGUGCCCGGGAAACCUGGAAACCCUGCUUCCAGCCUUUAUACAACACGGAAUCAAAAGCAAGCGUGAGGUUGACAUUCUUUUGAGCCUUCCUGCUGGUGAUCGCGAGCGAUGGAUCGAGAGACGGCGUGAGUCUCUGGGUUUAUCUGAUUUGGAGGCAGCGGCCCUGCAGGUCAAAUGCAAUCAGGAGCAGUCUGGGAUGACAAUGAUCUACUGCGAUCGGCACACUAGAUCUCUGACAGCCUUAGCAGGAUCCCUCAAAGGCACCCGAAUACAAGCGAUUGUCAUGAUGCCUCCCUCUAAAUCUCAUUCGCUUCCACGCAGGAGGUAUUCAAGAAAUGAUGAGCUCAGAACCAAUUACCGAGAUUUUCCACUUCAAGGCGCCUUUGGCACUCCGAGAAAAUUUGACAGUCACCAGGCUGAAAGAAUGCCUCGAUAUCUAUCUAUCAGGCCGGUAUACUUUGACGCUCCCGAGCGAUAUGGGACGAAGGAGGAGAUCCUGGAUACGACAUUCUUAUUCGUGAACUGGGAUUACCUCGACGCUCAUGCCCAGCUCCUCAAAUACACCACCAAGCCUGAACAGAUAAAGCGUGCCUUCGUUCCUUGCUUGCAGGGAGGAACUAAGCCACCCUAUCAUGUCAAGUUCGAUAGCGAGCCGAUGGCCUUCAAGCAGCCCAUCACAGAGGGUGCUGUUGCUGACGCUGAAGUCUACUGA